CCGCCCCGCCCCCAUUCCUCGCAUUUGACCACCAUUCUACACCGCCUCACCUAGGGUUUGACGAGCUCUGCCCGCUUGACUGCCCCCGCGCCGCCACCACCCUUCGCCGGAACCGCCGCCCUCCCCGAUCGCCGCACCCCGUGCACAGCCACGACCCAUGCUCAGCCAGGCAGCCAGCAGCUUGGGCGGGCUGGCCUCAGGCGGGCUGGGCCCACUGCUGCCCGCCGUGGCGGCGGUGGGUGCCCGCCUGCUGGGCCGCUCCGGCCUCCUGCAGCAGCAGCGCGGCCUGCAGUGGUCGGUGGAGAAGGAGCCGCAGAGCUACAAGGCAGUGGAUGACAUCAUUCAGGACCACGUGAUCGUGGCUGCCCUGGAGAAGACCCAGCAGGCGGCCAAGGACCCAGCACGCGUGCGCGACAUCCUCACCGCCGCCAAGGAGCGCUCCUUCCUCACCAACCACAAGCCCGGCCCCAGCGAGUAUGUGCAGGGGCUGACAUAUGAGGAGUGCGCCACCCUGCUUAACGUGGAUGUGGGCAACGAGCAGAUCAUGAGCGACAUCUUCGACACAGCCUUUGCCAUCAAGCAGCGCAUCUACGGCAACCGCAUCGUGCUGUUCGCCCCGCUCUACAUCGCCAACUACUGCGUCAACAACUGCCGCUACUGCGCCUUCCGCCAGGGCAACAAGAGCUUAGAGCGCUCCGCGCUGACGGACAAGCAGCUGCGUGAGGAGGUGGCAGCGCUGCAGCAGCAGGGGCACCGCCGCCUGCUGGUGCUGACGGGUGAGCACCCCAAGUACACCUUUGACUCCUUCCUCAAGGCCAUCGACACCAUCUCAUCGGUGCGCACCGAGCCGUGCGGCAACAUCCGGCGCAUCAACGUCGAAAUUCCCUCCCUCUCCCUGUCGGACAUGCGCCGCCUCAAGGCCACAGACAAGAUUGGCACCUACACUCUGUUCCAGGAGACCUACCACCGCCCCACUUUCAAGCACAUGCACAUCGCGGGGCCCAAGUCGGACUACGACAACCGUGUGAUGACUCACGACCGCGCCAUGCGUGCGGGGCUGGACGAUGUGGGCCUGGGCACGCUGUUUGGGCUGUACGACUACAAGUAUGAGGUCCUGGCCACGCUGAUGCAUGCCAACCACCUGGAGCGCGAGUACGGGGCGGGGCCGCACACCAUCUCGGUGCCGCGCAUGCGCCCGGCAGACGGCUCAGACGUGUCGCUGGCGCCCCCCUAUGCCGUGGACGACGCCAACUUCAAGAAGCUGGUGGCCAUCCUGCGCAUCGCGGUGCCGUACACAGGCAUGAUCCUCAGCACUCGUGAGUCGCCCGAGAUGCGCACCGAGCUGCUGCGGGUGGGCAUGAGCCAGAUGAGCGCCGGCUCCAAGACGGAUGUGGGCGCCUACCACAGGGACGACAGCAAGGCCACAGAGGACAACCUGGCCGACCUCAACGGACAGUUCACGCUGGCAGACCACCGCCCAGUGCAGGACAUUGUGGUGGACCUGAUGAAGGAAGGGUACGUGCCAUCCUGGUGCACAGCCUGCUACCGCAAGGGACGCACCGGGGAGCACUUCAUGAAGAUUGCCAAGGCUGGGAACAUCCACAACUUCUGCCACCCCAACUCACUGUUCACGCUCCAGGAGUACCUGAAUGACUAUGGCAGCGAGGAGGCAAAGCAGAUUGGGCAGGACCUGAUUGAGCGGGAGCGUGUGGUUGGGCUGAGCGACAGCGCGCAGAACCUGACCAAGCGCAAGCUGGCCAAGGUCAACGCGGGGGAGCACGACGUGUACAUCUGAGCCCAUGCCUAGUGGGCUUCCGCUGGCGCUGGCACACCCUUUCUUCCAUUGCCCCUUCUCCGCCCCACAGCCAAACCAUAACUUGCUCUAUUCUUUUGCUCUUCCUCCCUCCGUCGUAUUCCCAGUCAGGUGUUUCGGGCUGAACUGCUGCCGCCAAGGGUCGCUGAACCGCCCGCCUCGCCUCGAUAUUGGUGCCUGGCACUUGGGCACGCAACAACUCAGGUUUAUCGGCAACGCGAUUCCAUUGAACGAACAGUUUGAUGUGGGCCUGUACAAAAUGCCCGCGUUUGCCAACAGUCUACGUAUGUGUAAUCUUGCCAUGCGC